AUUUUUUUGCAGAAAAACUCUUUAGCUUAUGGUUACGUUUUGACAUAUUCCUUUUAUCUGUGAGGUUUUAUUUCCUUUUCAUGUUGACGGUGGUUCUUCGUGAACGUUGAGCCGAUAGAAUUUAACAAAAUGUCGCUCGUAAUACCGGACAAAUUUCAACAUAUUCUUCGUAUUAUGAAUACGAACAUUGAUGGCAAACGUAAAGUUAUGUUUGCCAUGACUGCAAUCAAGGGAGUAGGUCGCAGAUACUCCAACAUUGUACUGAAAAAAGCUGACAUCGACCUCGACAAACGUGCUGGAGAAUGCACUGAAGAAGAGGUAGAAAAAAUUGUAACCAUCAUGUCCAAUCCCAGACAGUAUAAAAUUCCUGACUGGUUCCUUAACAGACAAAAGGAUAUAGUUGAUGGCAAGUACAGCCAAUUGACCUCGUCCAACUUGGACUCUAAACUCCGUGAGGAUUUGGAAAGGUUGAAGAAGAUCCGUGCCCACAGAGGUAUGAGACACUACUGGGGCCUCCGUGUACGUGGUCAGCACACUAAGACUACUGGUAGACGCGGAAGAACUGUUGGUGUAUCCAAGAAGAAGUAAUCAUAAUAAACAAAUUAAUUUCCA